ACUCAAGCUUGAAUCAACCCAAACUUAGUCAACCAGUUCAACCUUGACCUAGGGAUAUUGCACCAACACUUCUCUCAUUUUCUGAUAUAUUCUGAUGAUCGAUGAAAAAUUUUAAUGAGAUCGGACCGAUCACGAAUUAGGAUUAUCAUUUUUUGUUCUUGAUUUCAUCUUCUCUCUUCACUUAACUUCCUCUUUUUGUCCAAGCAGCGGUGCCGUUCUUUUUUUCUUCUGCUUGCAUGCAGUCUCUUCCUAUUCCUCCAAGCAACAGAUUCCUUCUUCCUUUUCCAAACACUCUCUUUUUAUUCGUCAAAGCAAAAUGCCUCUUCUUCUUCCUCUUCUUCUUCUUCAAAUUAGUACAUCUUUUUCUUCCUCCAAGCAUAUCUGGUCCUUACUCCUCCAAACACCAGGUCUUUUGUUAUUCCUCCAAGUAGUAUCUUUUUCUUCCUCCCAGCAACAAGUCUCUUCUUCCUCCAAAUACUAGAUCUCUUCUUUCUCCAAACACUCUCUUUUCUUCCGCUAAGCAGUAAUUGGUGAGCGUAAGAACCGCCCCGGCCCUUUCUAUUUGCCAAGUCCUCUUCGCAGAUCGAUCCUAGACCAUUCUUCCCACCGAUCAACGCCAAAUCGGAUGACCGUCAGUGCCAUCUUCCGGCGGCCAUUGUUCCUCUCCCUCUUCUCUUUCUCCACUAGCGACGCCUUUAUUCUGUCUCUCUUUUCGUACCCUUGCUAAUACUAUACUGCAGCUGAAUUAUUCAAGUACAUGGUUUUCUAUUCUCGAAACUUCCUCUCCCUUUUCUCUUUUCGACUUUCCUUUCUUCAGGAAAUAAAGGUCAUGCCAUCUUAAUUUCAUCCGAGCAACAUUCCACCAGUUAAAUUUUAACAGAUUAAUCGAUCAGAAACUGACAAAUCUCUUCUCUAAGUGGGCACUGCCCAUUCAGAAAUCAAAUUGGAUCAUCGUAAGAUCUCACUGCUCACAUAUUUCUGCUAUGACACGUAUCGUAUUGCUUGCCAUAUGUUUGCUGCUCCUUUAACCUUCUUUAAGUAGCAUUUUGAGAAGAAGAAAAAACAAAAGAACCCGAGGAUGAACCAGUUGCUUUUAAUCUUUCUGAACAAAUCAGGCCAAAUUGUUCCUGAUUUAACUGGUUGAAUUGGUUAGUCGAUCCUUCUAGUUUGGUUAUAAAAGCAUUGCCUUUUGGCCAUGGCCCCAUUCCAUGAUUCAAAAGCUUCUUUACUCUUUAGCCAACUUUCUUACUCCUUCCUCCUUAAGAAAACAUCUGCCGUUCAUCACCAUUAUUGAUCUCGUUGCUUCAUCCCAAGGUUUUUCUCCUCCACACUUCUCCUCAGAUGCCCGCUCACAGUUGCACCACCCUUCCACAAGUGCCACCUCUUCAUUCUCACCCUCCUCCUCCCCAUUCCCAACCUCCUAAAUCCACCACCAUGCCACUGAACAAGCCGCCGGAAUUCUCGAACCCGUUGCACACGGGGAAGUCACAGCUCCUCCCGCCCGAACGUCGCACCGGUCCCCUCAUCUGGUGCGCCGCCGUCGUCUGCGUCGUCCUCACUCUCCUCCUCAUCCUCGCUGGCAUCGUCACGCUCAUCGUCUUCUUCGUCAUCAGACCGCGCAGCCCUUCCAUCGACCUCACCGCCGCCAGCCUCAACAGCAUCUACCUCGACUCGCCCACGUACCUCAACGGCGACGUCGCCUUCCUCGCCAAUUUCUCCAACCCCAACCACAAGAUCGACGUGGUGUUCAAGUCGCUGGGCUUGGAGCUCUACUUCCGUGACAGGCUCAUCGCGGUGCAGGCGCUGCGACCGUUCGCGCUGCGGACGGGCGAGUCAAGGCUGGAGGCGGUUCGCAUGAUCACCAGCGAGGUGCUGCUGCCGGCGGAGCUGGCGGAGGAGCUCCAGAAACAGGUGAGGGAGAACAGCGUGGUGUACAGCGUUAGAGGGAGCUUCAAGGUGAGGGCGAGAUUUGGCGCCGGCCAUUAUUCGUACUGGAUCUACAAUCGCUGUGACGUCCAGAUCACGGCGCCGCCCAACGGGGUGCUCGUGGCCCGGCGAUGCAGGAAAGAUUAACAUAUGCAUUUCUUCAUAAAUCACAAAUUUUUUUCUCUCCCCUUUUUCUUGAUCACGAUAGAUUUUUACUCGAAGUGAGCAUUAUUUCAGGAUCACUUCUUAGUUGAUAAACUUUUAAAAGAGUAAUUACAUUUUAUAAUAUAAAAUGGAAUUCCUUUAAUUUAAA